UAAGAUCGGACGGUCCUCAUCUAAAACAGAGAACACGCGUUUCUACUUUCUAUUGUCACUGUACUACUAGAGUAGAGAUCCCAACUUGACGACUCAAGCUGGUCUCCGCAGCUCGUGCGCUCGGAAACUACACACCAGGAACAAACAACAAGCCAUGUCAGCCUCCGGGACAUCGGGUCCGUACCCGAACCCGACCCAACCCCACUCGGACCAGGAUCGGAAAGAUCAACCCAUCGGGACGCAACUCCCCGGCUUCCCUCCUGAUCCACUUCUUAAGCCCGGGUCCUUUAUCGGCGCCACCACUAAUGGCCAAAGCUCAGUCGACUUCCUAAAGGCCCAGACUCAGAUGGCCGAGACACGCAAAUCUUCGAACGGCGUCUCCGCUUCCCCUGACAAUACGAAUGGAACGGUACCGGCUUCGAAUUCUGGGAAAGGAAUUAGAAAGCCGCUUGAAGCGGAGUUGUAUUGGCUGCCGCCUGGCUGGACUGUUGAAGUUAAAGUACGGGCCUCGGGUGCGUCUGCUGGUACGACUGAUAGGUACUACUUUGAUCCAGUCUCAAAGCGAAGAUUUCGCUCAAAGAAAGAGGUCCUUUACUUCUUACAAACAGGAACUCGACCGAAAAGGAAAAUCGAUGCUGAUGCAGCGUCUGUGGACAAUUCUGGGGAACAUAAACAGAAGGCUAGCACAAGUGAAAAGGGUUCUGUUAAGAACUUCAAUUUUUCGGAUGUGCCUGAGAAUGUUCAAUGGGUUCUCUCAGAUUCUUCUGAAGAUUGGAAAGCUUUUAUUGGCAAUGACCAAGUUCUGGAGUCUAGUAAACGAGACUGGUUAGCCGCGUUCACAUUCCUUGCAUCUAGAGAUAGAGGCCGAUACCAAUGAAGGCCAUUUCCAUUCCUCCUGACAUUAAACUAGUGUCACCAAUCCAGUGCGUGCAAAUACUAGUAUUACUGACCAUUGUUCUUCAUUUUGUUUCUAGUCCUUUUGGUUUCUCAAUUAGUUGUAAUUUAGUCUUAUAUUGUAAAACCAACAGCCAAGCACAGAUCGUAUUGUUUCUUGGCAUUUUUGUCAUCAACUCAUAUUAGUCAAUAGUCUCCUCUUUUGUUCGUUCUUUUUAUGUGUACGUAUCAACUUUUCUGAAGCUUUAUUAAAACUAUACAAUAACAUCAAUGGGCAUUGUUCGAUAAUCUCAUUUUAUGUA